CUGUUCCACUGAUAUAGGCUUGAAGGCAUACGAAGAUCUUACACCACAGAACAAUCAAAGAACACCCUGAUUUAAAAUAAUCCUGACAAAUUCCGCAUUUUACAACCACAUGACACGGAAACACCGCGGGCAAAGCCAGGGUUAAGGCGCCCAGGAGAGCGGGCUAUGCGCCUGAUGAGGGGCGCUCCUGCUCCCCGCGCUGCUACAAAAUGGCGGGCGCCGCCUGAGGGGAGCGGCGGCGGCGGCGGGAACGGGAACCGCGGCGGCCCCGCCUGAGGGAAGGGACGCGGGGCCCCGGCGGCCGCUGCAGCGGCGCGGCGCCCGUCCCGCCUCCCGCUAUCCGCCCUGGCUCCGUAUCGACACCGGCUCCGCGGUCCGGCCCCUCCGCCGCCCCGCCGCCUUCCGCGGUGGCCCGGAGAAAAGUACGAGCAAUGUGCUCACAGAUCCUGGUUUUCUCAUAUAGAGGAAUGGCAUCGGUGGGCAGCAGCCCAGCGUGGAAAGGGCAACCAACCAAAGAAGUUAUGAAUAUCAUCUGUGGUCUAAAGCUGCCGGGCAGGAACUGUAUUUUGUCUCAUUUGGCUUUUUUGUGCAAGCAGGGGAAAUGCAAUAAUCUCUCUGGGUCCUACUCAAAAUGGUGCCAAACUCAGGGUAACAGAAAUAGAUGCCAGUGGUUGGAUUUCAGUGGAAAUGCUAGAAACUGUUUUUUGACUGGGAACCCUGAGUUCUAUAGAAACAUCAUUGGUAAAGGACUGAGAUGCCUUUUGGAUAUCCCACAUACAGAAGUGUACAGGAAUGCACACCAUAGUUCGGGAAGGUUUUGCUCCCAGUCUUCUCAGCCCCUGACGGAGAAGAUCCAAUCCUUCCAGAUCAGUUCUGUAGGGCAACCUCCAUGUCACUUUCCUGCCUGGAACAUUCAGAUCAACAGGUCUUUUCACACAUCACCAUCACUGCAGGCUGCACCAGUUCCUCUUUUCUGGAUUAUUGUGAAGCCAGCUCAGAAGUUAUUUGCCAUCAUUCUUGGCAGGAGCAUAAGGAAUUGGUGGAAGGCACUUCCUCCUAAUAAAAGGGAACUCUUCAAAGAAAGUGCAAGAAAAAACAAAUGGAAGAUCCUGCUGGGUGUCAGCAGUUUAGGAGUCGUGUUUGUCAUGUUUUAUUUUACCCACUUGGAGGAGACACCCAUCACUGGGCGAGCUCGACUGUUGGUGUUUGGCAAAGAGCAUUUUAGGGAACUGUCACAGAUGGAAUAUGAUAUGUGGAUGGAGCAGUUCAAAAAUCAAAUGUUACCUGAGACAGAUGCACGCUACCAGGUCGUGGAGAGAGUUGUUGGGCAUUUGUCUGAAAGCAACAAGGACAUCCCCCAAGUCUCAGCUCUCAAGUGGGUUAUCCAUGUGGUGGAUGAACCAGGUGUAAAUGCUUUUGUGCUUCCAAAUGGUCAAGUGUUUGUUUUUACUGGGUUACUGGAUGCAGUUUCUGAUAUUCAUCAGCUGUCAUUUAUUUUAGGACAUGAAAUAGCUCAUGCUGUGCUGGAACAUGCAGCAGAGAAAGCCAGCCUGGUUCACUUCUUGGAUUUUCUCUCACUCAUCUUUCUCACUAUGAUUUGGGCCAUCUGUCCUCGCAACAGUUUGGCAGUUGUUGGCCAGUGGAUUCAGAGCAAGUUGCAGGAGUUCAUGUUUGAUAGACCCUACAGCAGAACCCUGGAGACUGAAGCUGAUAAAGUGGGACUUCAGUUUGCUGCAAAGGCUUGUGUGGAUGUCAGAGCCAGCAGUGUCUUUUGGCAGCAGAUGGAAUUGGCAGAAACCAUUCAGGGGCAGCCCAAGCUGCCAGAGUGGCUCUCCACACACCCUUCCCAUGAAAACAGAGCCGAGCACUUGGACCGCCUCAUCCCAGAGGCUCUUAAAAUAAGAGAGAGCUGCAACUGCCCAUCCCUUUCUGGACCAGAUCCUCGCCUUAUUUUCAGACUUAACAUGCAACAUCUCCUGGAAUCAUCUAAAGGUCGAGAAGCUCCAAAUUCUACAAAGCAAGAUCCCUCAAAACCAAAACUGGACUUUCCACACACUCAAAAAGUGGAAGAUAUGCCAGUGACUUUUGCAGUUAAACCCACAAACUGAUGCCAUUAAUUUUCACUUUUUAUGGAACUAGUGGUCCCUGAAGGUCUAUCUUAUAACACAAAAUUGUCUUUGAACCAUGAAGAAGAUGUAGCCACUCGGAUUCUCCAUUUCUUUUAUGCGAUCUUUCACUCAAAGCAAUAAGGAACCAUGCCCACAUAGAAGAGCGGCGUGUUGGAGCAGAAAGUUUCUUAUUCAUUAAGAGUUACUAAAAUAAAUCACUUCUCAGGGGAAAGAUAAUCUCAUACAAUCCAGUCACACAGUGUAAUUUUCAGCUUUAUCAGGCUCACCUUGAUCAGAGGACAGAUGAGCCAGAAGCAUCCCUAAAGCAGAGGGAAAAGUACAAUUUUCAUCACUUAAGUUGUCUGGUUUAUCUUGCCAUAAUUUGGGUUAGAUCUACUCAGCUUCAUUUGAGAAAUAAUGAGAAGAGCUUACUGCCUGCUCCACAUACAGGGUGUUUAAAAAUAUUAAGCUGAGAAGCGAUAAUAGCUAUGGGCUAGAUACACCCUCACUUAAUUAGGUGGAUUUACUGCUGGGAUUUUGCUUCUUUCUGAGGCAUUUUAGAAUGUGGAUUGAUUCAACAUUUUUCUUCAAAGUAACCUGAAAGGGUUACACCAAGUUCAGUUUAAGAAAAGGAGUGAAAUAAUUUUCAGAAGAUUCUUCCUUCUGGAAGAAACACUGAAAGAAUCAUGGUAGCACUAGAUGCUUUACAAAAAUGCCUCUUGUCUUUUUUAAAUGAUCAGGGUGUCUCAUCAGAGGGCAGUUUUUCUGCCACAACAUUUGAUUUGGAUAUAUCCAUUUGGAUAGAAAUUCUUUGCUGAUGUGGAGUAUAUUACACAGGAGACAAAUAUAAGGUUUCUUGGCUGCACAGCUUUUGCAGAUGACUUUAUCAUGAAAGGUGACUUCUCUUUGAGAAACUGGCAUUUAUGCUGAGCAUCCCUCCCUUCCUGCAUUCCCUCUCUCCCUCCCUCCAUUCCUUCCCCUUGAAGCCACACUUUUUAUACCCUGGAGACAAAAAUGGACAAUGUAGGUAAAUCUCUGCCUUUCAGGAUGGGUGACCCACUGUGCCCAGCAUGUUAAUCUCUGUUUGCACAUGUUUGAAUUGUCCUUGCUUUGCAGUUGAUGGAAGUACUGAAACGUUGAUCUUUAAGGCAGAUGUAGAAAGAGGUGGCAGUGAAUGAAAAUAAAAAAGGGAAAUCCUGUUCCUACAUCUGUUAGGAUGUA